AUGCCUGUGAGCGCAUCAUCUUCAGGGGGCUCGUCCUCGCCAGCCGAAUCCGAAAAUGAAGGCACGUCCAGCAACCGGGAGCACUCGCUCGCCCUCAGAGAUCGCCGGAAUGGCAAGAGGAAACGCGCCGAUACUGCGCAUGGGGCAGCAAGACGUAGGCGCUCUUCGUCUUCUGACGACGACGACGACGACGACGACGAGAACGACCCCGACAUGUACGAUCCGGACCAGCCGAUGGAGGACCGACGGCGCAUUCAGAGAGGGUUUCGCGAUCUCCAGAAGAAUUUGAACGAGAACAUGGAGGAAUACAUGCAGCCCAACUCGAAAGGCCUGCUCGAGACUCUGAGGCGCGCCCAGCAACUCUCCAGCGACGUGAAGCAGACGAAUGAGGCGACCAUAGACGCGCGGCUCCUGGUGAGCACAAUCGACCUUUCCUAUCGCAAGACGAUGCGCAUGGUCCAGGGCAACACCUCACAAGGCGUCGACAUUGACGAGUUUGUGUCCAAAUGUAUAACGUACAUGCGACACGGUGGGGGUAUCGCCGACGACAACGCGCCAGCUCUGUCGAGCACGCAGCGCCAACGACGGAGGAGGGGACAGGACGGGGAUGACGAUGAAAACGACGAAAUGCUGAAUUGGCCUCACCUUGGUCGCUUUGCGUGCCUGCAACACAACCGACGGCCCGCGCUGUCCGGCUUCCUGGUCGGACCUCUGUCGGUGGAGAAGAAGGUCCGCAAAAUCACCAAGCGGACAGCACGGUUCCGCAGAGAGGAUCUUGCCGAGACCAGACCAGAGGUGUUGAACGUGGACGAGCUGUCCAAGAAGGAGAACGAUCUCACCUCAAUCUGUGCCAAGAUACUGAAACAACUGAGGGAGGUUCAGAUGGACGCGCAACAGAGGUUGUCGGAGAUCUUCGAAGCAAGGCAGAAUAUGCAGCAGAGCGACAUGAUGAAGAUCAUGCACGAGCACGGCUUGCGUGACACGGGCGGCGUGGAUCUGUUGAGGUUUGUCGUCAACCCCAUGUCUUUUGGCCAGACGGUCGAAAACAUGUUUUACGUCAGCUUCCUCAUCCGCGAUGGCAAGGUCAACGUAGAGUUUGAUCAGAAUGAACUCCCAUCAUUGAGCCCCGUCGACGCAGGCGAUGCAGAAGGCGGCGCAAAAACCGGUGCUAUGAAGCACCAAGCUAUCUUCUCCAUGGACAUGAAGACCUGGCGAGACAUCAUCGACACCUUUCAGAUUACGACGCCAAUGAUUGAGCACCGGCAGGAGAGUUCUCAACAAGGACCUGGUGCAAGGGGCUGGUACAGCUAA